AUGGCAUUAUUCAGCUCCGCCUUGGUCCUAGGUGUCUAUCUGGCUUCCAUGCCAGAAUAUGGAGAUGUAGAAGCUCAGAGUGAUGACUUAUUGAAGGAGAUCGACUGGAAUCAAAUCGGUGGGAAGCGGCUUCUACUCGAGGAACAAGCAUUAUUCAUCCACACAGCUGGUUAUUUCAUCCAAAAUGGCAGACCAGUUAGCUUAUUAGGAGCCAAGUUCCGCAGUUCUAGUGGAAUGGCGCGGCGAAUCUUCAUGAACUUCUCUGCUCGAAUGGAGGAAAUGGGGAGGUGGAAUAGUCAAGAGUAUUAUACGGUGCUUCAGCUUAUGGCCGAUACAAUGUUGGAAUUGUGA